AUGGGUGUGGGCGCCAGCGCUCCUCCUCCUCUUCCGACAGGGAGGCAGGCGGAGGGAGUGCGCGUGCGCGUGGCGGUGAAGGAGAGGUACUUGGCCUACCUCCCCCAGUACAUCAACCUUGACGCGGCGCUGACGGAGGAGAAGGUCAGGCUCGUUGCGAAUCACUGGAACUUGAUUGCGGAAGAGGAUGACACCGGCAUGCAGGACGCGGGCUUGGCGCCGUCCCGCAUCAGCGUGUUCUACGACGCUUUCUACGAAAAGCUGUUCGAGAAGGCGCCGAAAACCAAGAACCUGUUUGACGGCAACAUGGUCCGGCAGAGCAGGGCACUCGUCAAGAUGGUGUCUUGGUUGUGCAACCUUGAGGUGACGGACGACCUCGUCAGCAGACUGGAAGCACUGGCUGACCGCCACGUGGGCUACGGCUGCCUGCCGUUGCACUACGAAGCUGGAGGCGACGCCCUCCAACACGCCUUGCGUGCUACGGCCCAGGACCAAGACCCAAAACAAAUGGAGGUCAUUAUGAAGGACCAGGAGUGGUUCGGGGCUGGCGGGAGGAGCCCGGUCCGUCGGUCCAGCAGCUCGGGGCCCUUCACCCGGAGCUCCAGCGGGCGCCGCCGAAAGAAGGGCUCCAAGGGAUGGGCCGGCGGCGGGGGGGGAGGGUGGGGCAGGAGCUUCAAUCACCGGUCGCCUGGCGCCGGUCUCGGCGGCAACGGCAGUGACGGUGGUGGCGGGAGACGCCGCCGGGCGGCCAGCGGAGGCAGCGGGAGCACGUUUGGGGUCCUGGGGGCCCCGUGGGGCGGGAGAGGGCACACCCUGGUGGCCCCGUACGCGGACAGCCAUGACGGGGAGGACGGCGGCGGGAUCUACCCUCCGGGCUCGCCGUUCUCGAUGGCUUCCUCGGCGGGGUCGGGGAUGCAUCUGAGCCUGGCGGGCAGCGUCUCCACCGUGCCGAGGAACGAUUCGAUCUGCGCAAGCCCGGAUGGCUCCUCCCGGGUGAGCGCGAACGGGAGGUCGGGGCCCGACGCGGGUAAGGGCGUGCGCGGCAGAAGGUCUAAGAUCUUGAGGGGGCUGGGGAUGAUGGGUGGGCCGAGAAGCGGGGGCGGGGGCAGUGCGGAGGAGUUCGGCGGCGGCGUUCCCUCUAGCAGCCCGAGGGAAACCAUCGGAGCGCGCGCGAUGGCUGUGUUGGGAGGGCGCCCCCGGCGACAGAAGGAAGGCAUCUCCGCCGGGAGGCAGGGGGUGCCACACAUGAUCGCGCCUGACCGACGCCAGCACAGCCGGAGCAGCAGCGUGGGCUCGCUGUCAGCAGCGGCGGAAACGGUCUCGCUCGUUGCGCCCGAAGGGGGAGGAAGGAAUUGGGCCGGUGCCGGAGGCUACGGGGUGCCGUUUCCGACGACGCUCUCCAGUUCUCCGCGUGGCAGCGACCUCAGCAGCACCUACCAGCAGCGGCGAAAGGCGGACAGAAGCCACGACAGCAGCACCACUGCCGCCACGCCGCCGCUGGCGAGCCCCGCGAGCUCCGCCCUGUCGCUCCCCGUCUCUCGGUCCUGGGAGCAGUCUUCCGCGCUGCUGUCGGCGCGCCUCGGUAGCGGUAACGGCGGCGGCAUCGGCAUCGGCUUCUCCUCGAAAAGACAGCAGGCCGGUCGCAGCCUCGCCGCGGCCACGCCCAAGUCCCGGACCCCGACGGCCGCCGCCAUGCUGCGGCAGGACGGUGGCUGGCACGACACGGGCGGUCACGGCGGCAAGAAGGAGGUCGUGAGGAAGGAGGGCACCCCGCGGUCCCGCCAGACCCCGCCGGCCACAGGGAAGAAGAGCCCUUCGGGUUUCGACAACAGCGGACGCGGCGGCGGUGCCGGUGGCAGGGGCGAGGUUGACGCGAGGCCAAGCAGGAGAAGCGCGACGGGCACGAGCCCCCGCGACCGGCGGCAACGGAUCGGGAGGCCGCCGAGCCCGUCGUCGUCGCUGUCGCCACGCCUUCCCGCCGCCGCCGGUGGCGCUGUCGGCCGGAGACAGACGGCGGCUACCGCAACUGCCGUUUCGACGGUUGCCACCGCCACCGCCACCGCCGUCGCAAGCAUCGCUUCCGUUUCGCCGCCCUCGUCUGCUGCCUUGCGGCCGUACGAGCUUAUGGCCGAACGGGCGAAAAAGGCGGCGGAACCGACGCCGCUUCAGCUGCCGGCGAGUUCAACGGCUCGCAUGGAGAAAGCCGCUGCCCAUGGUGUCGGGGGCAGGGGAGUCAGCGAGGCGGGUGGCCAGCGAGACUUGCCCAGCGAAGCGUUGUCCCACGGCGAUGGGGAGCCAGAGCCAGUGAGGGAGCUACACGGGCACCAGGCGGCGGAAGGGGGCGGUCUGCGCGAGGAACCCGCGCUCCUGCGUACCCCUGGGGGCGACAAGACGGGAAGGGCGCACCGGGCUUUUCCCUCGCCUGCCAAGUCUCGCAACGGUAGCAGGCGGGCGGCGAGACGAGGGGAUUCCGGGUCGAGAUCGUUCUCCCGCCGACGGCACCGACCAAACGGCGAAAAGAAAAAGUCCCCUGCCGGCGUUGCACUCGGUCGGGUUUCCACGCCUCCAGGCUCGAAAGGAGUGGGCGUGGCGGACCAAGCUGGCGUUUUCAGUGACGACGGCGAUGAUGGCAAAGCUCGGAGCAGCAAACGAACUGGGGGGGGCGGGAAGGGUCCUUCGAGGCAACCGCCGGUGCGCAAGCUGUCCCACGAAGCCGCGACCAUGUUCGGCUUCUUGGACGAGGAGGAGGACGGCGGCGGGGAGGCGGAGGCGAAGACCGAGCAGCGGCUGAACAGCUGGGACAGGCGGCCGAAGAGCAUGAACGCCGCCGACAUCUCUGCUGUAGACUCGAUCGGGGCCAACGCCAUGGCCUUCUUCGAGAAGAAGAGGCUCCAGAAGAAGCAGAGGGGGGAAAGGUCGGGGAACGGAUCAGUGGUGGCGGGGUCACCGAUGAAAGUCAAGGAAGCAGAGGAGAAAAAGGAAGACGAGGCAGAGUCAAGCUCAUUGCUAAGAAACUGGCAGCCGCAGCUGCAGGCUCUACCGCGGCAAGAAGAGGCCGCGGAGGCAAAACCGGGGGCGGAAUACGACGCAUUAGCCGCGGCGGUGGUGGCACCGGCCGACGACGCGAAGGGCCCGGCGCACGCCGACUCGCAGCUGUCUCGCACGCCCAAGCAGCUCGGCUCGACCCGGGGGAACGCGUGGCAGACAAGAGAAGCGAUCCUUGUUACGCCGCCUAGAGCAACGGGCGGCGGCGAAAGCGAUGAAGCUGGCGGGCGCGCUGCGAGAGCUGUGGUGGUGGAGCCUUCUAACUCCUUGUGCGCGACUACCGGCGCGGUGGCGCACGCCGUAGUUCCCUACGAGCACGCCUCCCCGCCCAUGUGGAAACCUUUUCGGCCCAUCGUCGGCCCCGAUGCCGCCGCUGCUGUCGCCGGUGGUGCUCUGCGUGCGGGUGCGAAGGAAGUGAAGGUCCCGCACAGCACCACCCUGGAGCCGCCGUCUCUCGGCCCUGAUGAUGUCUCGGGCAGCGGCGAUGUCGCUCGCCCGGCUGUCGACGCUCCGGCUUGUUCUCUGGGAAACGGCAACACUGACGCAGUGGGUAAGGAAGACACCGCGGAAGCUUGCGAAUGCCCUCUGGGCAAAGGGCGGGCGGACGUCGUUGGGACGACGAGCAACGGUGUUAUCGGCAAAGGUGGGGGGGCGACGGCGGCGGGGUGGACCGGUGCCCCGCGCACGGAAGAGCGGCAGCGGCUCCGACAGGAUCAGCUCGACCUCGUGAAGCAAUCGGACAAGACGCCCAUGACCCUGCCGUUGAUGGACGGCAGCACCCACGCCCCGGAGGCGGACGACUUCAGCGAGAUGGCGAUGUCAGUCGGUCCCGAGAAGUCCAGAAGGAGCAAGCAGAAAGCACUCGCCUCUCCCGCCGCCGCCGCCGCCGCCGUCAUGUCCGGGGACGGCAACAAUGGUGGCGUACAGAUCGGUCAAGCGAGUGGCGCGAGAGCUGCGAGCAGCGCCGUCAGUCCGUCCAGCGACGCCGGCACGACUUGGCUGACGCUUUCCUCGACGACGCCCGUCACGCCUCCGUCGAACGCGGUCUCCGGUGCGGGUCUGUCUUUGUCGAGAGAGGACCGCGCUGUUGCCGUUGCCGGCGGUGAGUUGGAGGAGCCGGAGCCGGUGGCCCCUGCGGGCGCCGCUGCCGCCGGUCUGUCUCAGGAGCCUUUCGGGCGGAGUGCUCCGGCCUGCGGCGCUCACGACCUCGGUGGGCAGGAGGGGGGGUUGCGAACGGCCACGGGCGUGGACGAUAACGAGGCACCACAGGAGGCCGCAUGCGGAGCCCUCGGCACCAGCCUUGAAUCUAGCCAGAGAAACAGCAGCGAGGCAGCGGUAGGGGGCGACGGUGGGAAAGCGCAAGACGGCUCCACCGCCGUGGCCGCCGGGGGCGCAAGAGGCGGGACGCAGGUAAGGGCAACCGGUGGCGGCAGCGUGGUGGUAGCGGCCGGGACGGUGAGUGCCGCCUCCGAGCUGUGGGGCGGCCGUUCGGCAUCGGCAAAGGCACGGGCGGCCGAGCUAAGAGACCGAGAAACCGCAGCAGCAGCAGCAGCAGCAGCCGCGGAAGCGGCGACGGCAGACGGGUGCACCGUGAAGGCGAUGAACUCGGCCACCGCAAAGAGAACAGGCGGCACCGGCGGCGCGGUGGACGGCACCGGCGGUCACGACGGCCGGAGAGAAAAAUUGCGAUCGACUUCCUCUGCGCGGGCCCAAGCUGCCGCCGCGCCGCCGCCGCCGCUAGCGUCUCCGGUCAAGGCCAAAGGCAGGGUGGCCGCAAUGGCCGCGAGAGUCAUGGCCGGAAACUGGGGGCGUGGAGGCGACACUGCGGUGCCGGUGGGGUCAGUUGCAGGUGCUGGGGGCACCGUGGCUGGAGUUCUGGGAGACGGCGUCAAAGCGGGAGACUCUAGGCUGAUAUCGGCGAAAGCAGGUCGUGGAGAAGGAGAAGGUCGUUACGGGGGCGACGCAGCCGGGAGAGAGAGGGGGGUGACAGGGUCUAUGAACGGGGGGCGGGUGAGGGUAGAGAGCAGGAAGGGUCCGAUGGAAGGGCUUGCAUUCGGAAACGUGCGGCAGAGGGCGAGUGCGUGGGACAUGGCCUUGAGGAGCUGAACGUAGAGGAAGAUUUAUUGAUUCACAAUUUGUUCGCCGUCUAAUAAGCAUGUAAUUUGGUCUGUUGAGUUAUAAAUACAUCUGUUGUCUAGUCUAAACGUCUGAAGAGCAAGUAAUGAGCCACAUGGCGCACGAGGGCGAGGGGCUCUUGCAUUUUUUCCAAGUGUGGGGCGUUUUAUGAUUAGUGAUGUAGCAUGACGCGAACCGCGUCUAGAGUAUCGGUGCUGUGUGUGUGUGUGUGUGUUUUGGCCGCGGCUGUUUUGGGCCUCCGCCGAUGUGCACAAGAGUACAGGGUAUUUACCUACCGGGUAGUCGGUCUUGUUUUUUUCGUUUGUUUUUGUGAUUUUGUCGAUCGCUAUGCUACAACAGUACCGACCCGUUUUCUUUUUUUCCGUCGCGUCUCCCCUUGCGCUAGCCGCUAUCAGUUGGCGUGCUGGUGCACCCGCGUACACACACACUUAUUUUGUUUCUGGUCGAGCUGUAUGGUUGACGUGGUACCAACUUGAGGGGAGAUAUCCUUCGCGUGUGCAUGCCCAGCGACGCCGGGCCAGGCUUAUCUAUAAGAGUGAUGGGCGCUGGGGGCAAUGUUGCUGUGGAUUUUUGCCGUAGCCGCGGGUAGCCCCACAUUGAUUUUGUUCCACUCAUUUGUAUAUGCAAGCCGGGAUGGAUGUGGGGGGAGGGUAAUAGUUUGUGCGGUAAAUGUAGUUAUAUCAAAGGAGCGUGAACGGGUGAUACAUUUAGUGUUCCAUGGUCGUGAUGGACGCGCAAGAUCGACAUUUAAGGGGAUUCCACGUCCUCUUGCCGGUGUAUACAUGUAUUUAUUGCGGUAAUUAAAGAUGGGGACUCACGAAUGCAUUAUACUAGUUGGUUCAAGGGACGGGGUAGCUGCAAGCGUUUUCUUUCAUGUCUUCCAGGCAUCGGCGGCUCUAUCCCCACCCCAUUGGGAGCGAUACGUCGGCUCACACGGCUGUUUUUUUCGCGUUGUUUCUGGAAGCUCGUUUCUUCUGGACGACGUGUAGAUUGUUCUCUUUCCCGCCCCCGCCCCCCCGUGGCAAACUUGAGCUGUGCCUCCUAUUAAAGGAGGCGUGUCUGAUUCGAACGGUGAUGGCUUGCUCUAUUGUUUUUGAGCGCCACAUGUUUGUUUUGUGCGGGUUAUCUAUUCUCCGUUCGUUUGUUGGCAUUUAUACCGUGUCGUGGGAAUCGUGCCGCCUGUUGUUGUUUUGUUUCGUGAGCCAAAAAACGGCUACUAAUGUUGUUGAAGCAAUUUCUAGAGCUAUGUCGACUGUGGGAACUAUCAUCCCGGACGGCGGUGGCGCGACUGGGCCGGAUAUUUUUGGUUCAGAGGUGCAUGAACGCACUCACUCGCAGUUUACGUCGCGAGUCUGGAACAUGACCCUUUCGUUGUUUGUUAACUUCUACGUUGUGCUUUCCUUCAUAUUGCUGGAUAAAGAGUGCUGUCGGAUGUGUGUGUGUCUUUUAUGUUGUUUUG